CCUACCUGUGGCCUACCACCACGGACCUAAGUUCCCCUCCCCAGCUCAUUGCGCAAGGGAAGCAAGGAAUCUCUUGUUUUUUUUUCUUCAGACUUGGAAGAACUAGAACCGUUUUCUCAUUCGCACCCGGAUCCGUGGCAUUCGUAGCUUCGCCACCCAAGCCAGGGCGGCCACCUCAGGAACCGCCGCGGGGAGGGCCGUGGGAGGCCUCACUACUCACUUCUCCGAGCGCCACUUCCGGAUCUCCGGUGUCUCCACGUUAUCGGUCCGUCCCCUCCCCCGGGGCAAUUCCGAAGAGCUUCGUAUUAACCCCGAGUGGUGGUCCAGGCGAGGUUGCGCCGGUGGGUGGGUUAGUCGGGCGAGACGGCUCCCAGAAGACGCAAAGAGCUGACGUUCGGGCCCGAGUGAGCCAUUGCGACCUCGGAGUGGGAGAGGAGCGGCUGCGGCGGCGGCCGGGCUGUUUUUUCCUGAGCACCGAGGCAGGCACACCCGGAAGUCGCGCUGUACUGGAGUGGCGCCCCCGCCGCCCCCGCCGCCCUCGCCGCCGGGCGCGCGCGCCAGGUACCGCGAGGUGGAGGAGACGCCACGGUACGCCCGAAGCGCGCGUGUCAGCAGAGGCCGCGUCGCCGCGGCGGAAGGGCCCGGACCUCUCCAGCUCUAGCCCUGCCGCGGUAGCUUUCCGGAAAGGCGGAGGGUCUGGCCGGGUGCCUGGGCUGGCGAAGGGCCGUGGCGCCUGCCGGGUCCGGCUCCCACCCCCGGGGUCCCGCUCGCCUCUGGCUGCCACCUCGUUCUCCCACCUCACCUGGCCAGCGUCCGCCUGUGCCUGCAAGAUGCUGGAGUCCUAUGUAACGCCAAUUUUAAUGAGCUACGUGAAUCGCUAUAUCAAGAACUUAAAGCCUUCGGACCUCCAGCUUUCUCUGUGGGGUGGAGACGUGGUUCUCAGCAAACUCGAGUUAAAGUUAGAUGUCCUGGAACAGGAACUGAAAUUACCAUUUACCUUUUUAAGUGGACACAUUCAUGAAUUGAGGAUUCAUGUACCAUGGACAAAACUGGGUUCAGAGCCAGUGGUAAUUACCAUCAAUACAAUGGAAUGCAUUUUAAAACUAAAAGAUGGAAUACAGGAUGACCAUGAAAGCUGUGGUUCUAAUUCUACUAACCGUAGUACUUCAGAGAACACAAAAUCAUCAAUAAAACCUCGAAAAGUUCAACAGUCUGCUCCGACAGAUCCUGAUUUGCCACCAGGGUAUGUACAGAGUCUGAUUAGACGAGUUGUAAAUAAUGUAAACAUUGUUAUAAAUAAUCUCAUACUAAAGUAUGUUGAAGAUGAUAUUGUUCUUUCAGUCAACAUUACUUCUGCAGAAUGUUAUACAGUGGGUGAAUUAUGGGAUCGUGCUUUCAUGGAUAUUUCUGCAACUGAUCUGGUGCUGAGAAAGGUUAUCAAUUUUUCUGAUUGUACAGUUUGUCUUGAUAAACGAAAUGCCAGUGGUAAAAUAGAAUUUUACCAGGAUCCUUUAUUAUAUAAAUGUUCCUUCAGAACUCGCCUGCAUUUCACAUAUGAUAACCUAAAUUCCAAGAUGCCAUCUAUUAUUAAAAUUCAUACUUUAGUAGAGAGUUUAAAACUUUCUAUCACAGAUCAACAGCUGCCUAUGUUUAUCCGUAUAAUGCAGCUUGGGAUUGCUCUUUACUAUGGAGAAAUAGGCAAUUUUAGAGAUUGUGAAACAGAGGACCCUACCUGUCACAGUAAAGACAUGUUAGGAAACAUUACAGGUGCUGAAGAUGAAACAAGAAUAGAUAUGCAGUAUCCUGCUCAGUACAAAGGCCAAGAGUUGUAUUCACAACUAGAUGAUGAGCAGCCACAGGGAUGGGUAUCGUGGGCUUGGUCAUUUGUUCCUGCAAUUGUGAGUUAUGAUGAUGGCGAGGAAGACUACCUGGGGCACGAUUCUACACCAACCAUGCAUCAACAGAAAGUACAAACUCUGAAGGAUCCCAUUGUUUCUGUAGGAUUUUACUGUACGAAGGCAACUGUGACUUUCAAACUCACUGAAAUGCAAGCUGAAAGUAGCUAUUACAGUCCCCAAAAAGUAAAAUCUAAAGAAGUAUUGUGUUGGGAACAAGAAGGAACUACAAUUGAGGCUCUUAUGAUGGGAGAGCCUUUCUUUGACUGCCAGAUUGGGUUUGUAGGUUGCAGAGCCAUGUGUCUGAAAGGAAUUAUGGGGGUUAAAGAUUUUGAAGAAAAUAUGAACAGAAGUGAAACUGAAGCAUGUUUCUUCAUUUGUGGUGAAAAUCUGAGUACAAAAGGUUUGACAUACCUUACAAAUUCAUUAUUUGAUUAUCGAAGCCCAGAAAAUAAUGGUACCCGUGCAGAAUUUAUCUUGGAUGCAACUCAUCAUAAGGAGACUUACACUGAGAUUGCUGGAAUGCAAAGAUUUGGAGCUUUUUAUAUGGAUUACCUCUAUACAAUGGAAAACACUAGUGUCAAAGGUUCUGCAAAUCAACCAGAGUUUUCUUCAGGGAAAAGUGAAGAUUUGGGAUCAGUGCAAGAGAAAUCUACCAAAAGCCUUGUUAUAGGUCCGCUUGAUUUUCGCUUGGAUAGUAGUGCAGUACAUAGAAUUUUGAAAAUGAUUGUUUGUUCUAUGGAACAUGAAUAUGAACCAUAUAGCAAGCUUAAACCAGAAAUUAAAGAUGAAAAUCCAACUAUUCUGAAUCCUGAAGAAGUAGCUUCUCUGGAGGAAUAUAUUCCUACUCGACAUACAAGUGUUACUUUCCUUAAAUGUACCUGCACGAUUUUUAUGGCUGAGUUUAACUUGCUAGAUCAUUUGCUUCCUGUCAUUAUGGGAGAAAAGAACUCAAGUAGCUUCAUGAAUACUACAAACUUCCAGUCAUUUCGGCCUUUGCCAUCCAUUCAGAUACUGGUGGAUAAAGUUAAUAUGGAACAUUCUGUCCCGAUGUAUGCAGAACAGUUAGUGCACAUGGUCAGCAGCCUGCCUCAAGCUUCUGAUAAUCUGCUUCAUUACUGCUAUGCACACUGCUACCUUAAGAUAUUUGGUUUCCAGGCAGGACUGACAUCUUUGGAUUAUAAUGGUUCUUACUGCUUACCCGUCCAAAUCAUUCCCUCCUUCAGCACUGCUCUUUAUGGUAAACACCUGAAACUCCCCACUUGCUGGACCAAACAAUCUCAGAUUGUCAUUACUGAAGGUAUAUUUGAACUUCCAAAUCUUACAAUUCAAGGUACAAGAGCUCAGACACUUAUGCUGCAGGCAAUCUAUCAAAGUUGGUCUCAUAUUGGAAAUGUGAACUCUUUAGCAGUGAAUGAAGCUUUGAUGAAUGAAGUCUUCCAAACUACAAGUGUGAAAUCUAAGAAUCCCCUGCCAACUCUUGAGGGCUCAAUCCAGAAUCUUGAAUUGAAGUACUGCAGCACAUCAUUGGUCAAAUGUGCCUCUGGGACCAUGGGAUCAAUAAAAAUUUGUGCCAAAGCCCCAGGAGACAGUGGAAAAGAGAAGCUGGUUCCUUUGCUUCAAGGUCCCUCUGACACUAAAGACCUUCAUAGUACCAAGUGGCUCAAUGAGACUAGAAAGCCAGAAUCUCUUUUAGCUCCAGAUUUGGUAGCCUUCACUAUCCAAGUUCCACAACAUAUGGACUACUGCCACAGUUCUGGUGCUGUACUUCUUUGUAGUGUUCAAGGACUAGCAGUUAAUCUUGACCCAAUAUUACAUACAUGGCUUAUCUACCAGCCUCAGAAACGAACAAGUAGACACAUGCAACAGCAGUCUGUGGUAACUGUCCCACUUGUUAUGCCAGUUAACAGAAGGAAAGAGGAUGAAUUAUCUGUUGGUAGUGCACCUUUAGCAAAGCAACAGUCAUAUCAGGCCUCUGAAUAUGCCAGCAGCCCUGUGAAAACAAAAACAUUAACAGAAUCCCGACCAUUGUCAGUUCCUGUAAAAGCCAUAUUGACUAUAUCUGAAGGCUGUAGAAGUCCUGAAGAAAGAAUGAAAGAAUUCAUUGGAAUGGUAUGGAAUGCAGUGAAGAGUCUCACACUACAGCUUGAAUUACAAUCUUGUUGUGUGUUCAUUCCAAAUGAUAGUCUGCCUUCCCCAAGUACAAUUGUAUCUGGUGACAUUCCUGGAACAGUAAGAAGUUGGUACCACGGCCAGUGCAGCAUGCCAGGAACACUUAUCCUCUGUCUACCUCAAAUAAAGGUUAUUAGUGCUGGUCACAAACAUAUGGAACCUCUGCAGGAAAUCCCUUUUGUUAUCCCACGGCCCAUCCUUGAAGAAGGUGAUGCUUUUCCUUGGACCAUCAACUUACAUCACUUCAGCAUAUAUACCCUUCUUGGAAAACAAGUGACACUUUGUCUUGUGGAACCUAUGGGUUGUACCUCUACUCUAGCUGUAACAUCUCAGAAACUACUUCCUACAGGACCUGAUGUGAGACAUUCAUUUGUUGUCUGUCUCCAUGUUGACCUAGAAUCACUAGAGAUAAAAUGCUCAAAUCCCCAGGUCCAACUCUUUUAUGAACUAGCUGAUACCAUGAAUAAGGUCUGGAAUAAGAUUCAGAAGAGAAGCAACCUCAGUCCAUCUUCAGUCUAUCCAGAGACAGUGGCAGGCCCUGUUCCUAGUUCUCCAGUUCGAAGCAGUGUAGGUACAGCUCCUCCAGAUACUAGCACAUGCAGCCCAUCUGGAGACAUUGGAACUACUACUGAGGGUGAUUCUAUCCAAGCAGGCGAUGAUUCACCAUUCUCAGAUUCUGUUACCUUGGAACAAACUACUAGUAACAUUGGUGGAUCCAGUGGUCGUGUUAGUCUCUGGAUGCAGUGGGUGCUCCCUAAAAUUACCAUAAAGCUCUUUGCUCCAGACCCUGAAAAGAAAAACACAGAGGUUUGUAUGGUCAGUGAGCUAGAAGAUCUCAGUGCUUCCAUAGAUGUGCAGGAUGUAUAUACCAAAGUGAAAUGUAAAAUAGAGAGUUUCAAUAUUGAUCACUAUAGAAGCAGCCUUGGGGAAGAGUGUUGGUCUUUGGGGCAAUGUGGAGGUGUCUUCCUUUCCUGUACUGACAAGCUGAACAGACGCACCUUGUUGGUUCGACCCAUCAGCAAGCAGGACCCUUUCAGUAAUUGCUCUGGCAUCUUUCCUUCUACAACUACAAAACUUCUAGAUGGCACUCAUCAGCAGCAUGGAUUUCUAUCUUUGACAUAUACAAAAGCCGUAACAAAAAAUGUCCGCCAUAAAUUAAUAUCAAGAAAUGAGCGAAGAAGUUUUCAUAAGUUCUCUGAAGGUUUGACAGAUGGUUCUCCUCAUUUUCUUCAUGAAAUUCUUCUUUCAGCACAAGCCUUUGAUAUUGUCCUUUGUUUUCCUUUACUAAAUGCCAUUGCAAGUAUAUUUCAAGCCAAACUACCAAGGACCCAAAAAGAGAAAAGAAAAUCUUCUGGUCAGCCUAUGAGGAUUCAUACACUGACUUCACAUAAUUUACCUUUGAUUUAUAUAAACACAAGUGUAAUCAGAAUUUUUUUCCCCAAAACAGAAGAAAUACAGUCAACUGUUGGAGUUACUCCGGCAGCAUUCGAAGACACCAUGGUUUUGAAGAUAGGCUCUGUUGCUAUGGCUCCUCAAGCUGACAAUCCUCUUGGAAGGUCUGUCCUCAGAAAAGAUAUUUACCAGAGAGCUUUGAACUUAGGAAUUCUUCGAGAUCCUGGGUCAGAAAUUGAAGAUAGACAAUACCAAAUAGACCUGCAGUCCAUCAAUAUUGGUACUGCUCAAUGGGAUCAGCUAAAACCAGAAAAAAAAAGUGCCACAGGGGGUGUGUUAACAGAGAAUGAAAGGAAUUCUCAAAAUCCAGCCCUUGAAUGGAAUAUGGCCAGCAGCAUACGGCGACAUCAAGAAAGAAGAGCUAUUUUGACCCCCAUUUUGACAGACUUCUCUGUUCGAAUUACUGCAGCACCUGCCAUUAUUUUCACCAAAAUCAGUUCUCCAGAAAAUCUACAUAUUGAGGAGAUUUUAGUGUGUGGCCAUUCCUUGGAAGUAAAUAUAACCACAAAUCUGGACUUCUUCCUAAGUGUGGCUCAAGUUCAACUCUUACAUCAGUUAAUGGUAGCAAAUAUGACUGGAUUAGAACCAUCAAACAAGGCCACAGAGAUGUCUAAACAAGAACAGAAAGAACUGGAUGCAUUUGAUGGUGGCAUAGCUGAAACCUGGUCUCGGUAUAGUGGUGCCCAGGACAGUGGAAUUGGCAGUGACAGCGUUAAAAUCAGAAUAGUGCAGAUAGAGCCACACAGUGGUGCCAGUCAGCACCGCAUUGCUCGUCCCUCACGCCAGUCGUCAAUUGUAAAAAAUCUAAAUUUUAUUCCCUUUGACAUAUUUAUUACUGCAAGUAGAAUCUCACUAAUGACAUAUUCCUGUAAAGCCUUACCCAAAUUGAAAUCACAAGAACAGAAAGAAGGUGAAAAAACAGGCAAGAGUUCAUUGAAUUUCCCAGAAGUUGAUUCAGAUGCUGCUAAGCCUGAUCAGGCAUGUAUUUCCACUGUGACAGCAGAAGAUCUCUUAAGCAGUAACACUUCUUUCCCUUCUGGGAAAAAAAUAGGGGUUCUUUCUCUUGAAAGUCUCCGUGCAUCUACAAGGUCAUCUGCUAGACAAGCUCUUGGCAUAACAAUUGUUCGGCAGCCUGGUCGACGAGGAAAUGGUGACUUGGAGCUAGAACCGUUUCUGUACUUUAUUGUGUCCCAGCCUUCCUUGCUUCUGAGUUGUCACCACAGAAAGCAGCGAGUGGAAAUAUCUAUUUUUGAUGCUGUGCUUAAAGGGGUAGCUUCUGAUUACAAAUGUACAGAUCCUGGGAAGACUCUGCCUGAAGCCCUUGAUUACAGUACUGUGUGGUUGCAGACAGUGCCUGGAGAAAUAGACAGCAAAAGUGGUAUUCCACCUUCCCUUGUAACUCUACAAAUUAAAGACUUCCUUAAUGGUCCAGCUGACAUCAACUUGGAUGUAUCAAAGCCUUUGAAAGCAAACCUAAGUUUUACCAAACUGGAUCAGAUAAAUCAGUUUUUGAAGAAGAUAAGAAAUGCACACAGCUUUGCACCUAGUGAAGAGACCUCAAUUGUGUCAGAUACUACAUUGAACAAAGAGGAGCAUCCAGUAUCCAAAUGUUGCCGUGGAAAAUUGUCUACACCUAAAAUUCAUGGUUAUGGAAUAGAGAAGAUUUCAUUUCAAGAAAACAUGUGGAAUACAAUUUCCUGCUUUCAAAAAAUUUCUGUCCACACUACUCAAAUUGUGGUCUCUAUGGAAACUGUCCCCCAUGCUGAUAAACCAUGUCUGUUAGCAUCCCUAUCCAACCUCAGUGGAAGCCUUAAUGUCAGAGCAGCACAAAAAGCGCCUGGUGUAAUUCUUGGAGUGUCAUUUCUACUCGACAUAAAUGAUUUUCUCCUUAAAACAAGUCUCAGAGAAAGAAGUCGGAGUCUGAUAGGACCAUUUUGUGCUACUUCCAGUCUGGAGGCCAAAUGGUGUAAACACAGUAGCAAUCCAGGCCCAGAACAAUCCAUACCAAAAAUAUCCAUCGAUUUAAGAGGUGGUCUGCUCCAGGUCUUUUGGGGUCAAGAACAUUUGAAUUGUUUAGUUCUUCUACAUGAAUUGUUCAGUGGAUAUCUUAAUGAGGAGGGAAACUUUGAAGGGCAAGUUUGUGAACCAGCAUCUCAAAUGCCAUCUUCUGUGGAAAAAAAUCAGAACUUUAAAAAUGAGCAAAGUUCAGACGACCUACGAACAGGUCUCUUCCAGUAUAUACAAGAUGCUGAACCUCUGAAGCUGCCUGGUGUCUAUGAAGUCUUGUUUUAUAAUGAAACAGAAGAUAGCCCAGGGAUGAUGUUAUGGAGAUAUCCAGAACCUCGAGUGCUUACCCUAGUAAGAAUAACUCCUGUGCCUUUCAACACCACAGAGGAUCCAGAUAUCAGCACAGCAGACCUAGGUGAUGUGCUACAGGUUCCUUGUAGUUUGGAAUACUGGGAUGAACUUCAGAAGGUUUUUGUUGCGUAUCGAGAAUUUAGUCUAUCUGAAAGCAAAGUUUGUGAUCUGCAGUUGCCAGAUAUCAAUCUUGUAAAUGAUCAGAAGAAACUGGUAUCCUCCGAUCUUUGGCGAAUUGUCUUGAACAAUAAUCAAAAUGGAGCUGAUGAUCAAAGCUCUGCAAGUGAAUCUGGUUCUCAAAGCACUUGUGAUCAACUUGUUACUCCAACAGCUCUGGCCGCCUGUACUAGAGUUGACUCCUGUUUUUCCCCAUGGUUUGUCCCAUCUCUUUGCAUGUCCUUUCAGUUCACUCACAUGGAGUUCCAUCUUUGUCAUCACCUUGAUCAACUAGGCACAGCUUCGCCACAGUUUCUAAAGCCAUUUAUUUCUGAUAAAAAUGUGCCAUCUGAACUAGAAUAUAUGAUCAUUUCCUUCAGAGAACCACAGAUGUAUCUUCGACAGUGGAGUAGUAGUUCUGUCUGCCAGGAAAUCCGGUUCUCAGCUCAAGUGGAUUGUAAGCUUCUAGAGUGUAGAAAUGUCACAAUGCAAAGUGUGGUGAAACCUUUCAGCGUCUUUGGACAAAUUGAGCUUUCCAGUGAUGCAGUGAAUAAGAUGCUUGAUUGUACCAUGACGGUGGACUCCGUGUUUGUAAACUUUGGACAGCACGUAGUUCAUUCUCUAAAUACUGCUCUACAGGCUUGGCAACAGAACAAAUGCCCUGAGGUAGAGGAGUUGGUCUUCAGCCACUUUGUGAUCUGUAAUGACACACAGGAGACACUGCGGUUUGGCCAGGUGGAUAGUGAUGAAAAUAUUCUGCUGGCAAGUCUCCAUAGUCACCAGUACAGCUGGCGCUCUCACAAAUCCCCACAGCUGUUACACAUCUGUAUUGAAGGUUGGGGCAAUUGGCGUUGGUCUGAGCCCUUCAGUGUGGACCAUGCUGGGACAUUCAUUAGAACAAUUCAGUACAAGGGCCGAACUGCUUCCCUCAUCAUCAAGGUUCAACAACUCAGUGGAGUACAAAAGCAGAUUAUCAUCUGUGGAAGACAGAUCAUCUGUAGUUAUUUGUCUCAAAGCAUAGAACUAAAAGUCGUUCAGCAUUACAUUGGUCAAGAUGGUCAAGCUGUAGUUCGAGAACAUUUUGACUGCCUCACCGCAAAACAGAAAUUACCUUCAUACAUAUUAGAAAACAAUGAAUUGACAGAGUUGUGUGUUAAGGCCAAAGGAGAUGAAGAUUGGUCAAGAGAUGUGUGCCUGGAUCCCAAAGCUUCUGAGGACAGCAUUGUCAUUCAGGUGCCAGCUUCAGACAGUUCUAUUAUUUAUGUCUGGUGCACAGUUUUGACUUUGGAACCCAACUCUCAAGUGCAACAACGAAUGAUUGUGUUCAGCCCUCUUUUUAUCAUGAGGAGUCAUCUUCCAGAUCCCAUUAUCAUACAUUUGGAGAAAAGGAGUCUGGGAUUGAGUGAAACACAGAUUAUUCCAGGAAAAGGACAGGAAAAACCACUGCAGAACAUAGAACCUGACCUUGUACAUCACCUAACAUUUCAAGCAAGGGAAGAAUAUGAUCCUUCAGAUUGUGCUGUUCCCAUUUCAACAGCACUUAUUAGGCAAAUAGCCACUAAAAUCCACCCUGGAGGCACAGUUAAUCAAAUCCUUGAUGAUUUCUAUGGGCCCGAAAAGUUCCUUGUCCCCACAUGGCCCUAUAACAAGAAGGAUUCUGACAGGAAUGAACAGCUGAGUCAGUGGGAUAGCCCAAUGCGAGUGAAGCUGUCAAUCUGGAAGCCAUAUGUUAGAACAUUGUUGAUAGAACUUCUACCCUGGGCCCUGCUUAUCAAUCAGUCCAAGUGGGACCUCUGGCUAUUUGAAGGCGAGAAGAUUGUUCUGCAGGUUCCUGCUGGCAAAAUUAUUAUCCCUCCUAAUUUUCAGGAGGCUUUUCAAAUUGGAAUAUAUUGGGCAAAUACAAACACUGUCCACAAGUCAGUAGCAAUUAAAUUGGUUCAUAACCUGACAUCUCCAAAGUGGAAAGAUGGAGGCAAUGGUGAAGUUGUGAUAUUGGAUGAAGAAGCAUUUGUUGAUGCAGAAAUAAGACUUGGUGCUUUCCCAGGACAUCAGAAGUUGUGUCAGUUCUGUAUUUCCUCCAUGAUACAGCAAGGUAUACAAAUUAUUCAGAUUGAAGACAAGACUACAAUCAUCAAUAAUACACCAUAUCAAAUAUUUUAUAAACCACAGUUAUCUGUCUCUAAUCCUCAUUCUGGAAAGGAGUAUUUUCAUGUUCCAGACAGUGCUACUUUCAGUAUUUGCCCGGGUGAGGAGCAGUCUGCUAGGAAAUGCAGCUCUCUUCCUUGUUGGGAUUUCAUGCCUGACAUUGGGUCAUCAGUGUGGGAUGUAUCCCUGCUUCAGAAACAGAUCUUGCUGGGCUUUUGCCCUACAGCAGAUGCUGACAGCUCGCAGUGCUGGAGCCUACCAGCUAUAGUUAAACAAGAGUUUCCCAGACAAAGCGUGGCAGUGCCCUUUGGGAACUUAAGGGAAAAUGGAUUCUGUUCCAGGGCUAUAGCACUGACAUACCAAGAACACUUUGGAGUGACUUAUUUAACCCUCUCAGAAGACCCCAGUCCUCGAGUAAUUUUUCACAACAGAUGUCCAGUAACAUUGCUUAUAAAGGAAAAUAUUAAAGAUACUCCAAAGUUUGAAGUUUAUUGCAGAAAAAUUCCUUUUGAGAGUUCAAUGCAUCAUGAGCUAUAUCAUCAUAUUUCCAGUUAUCCAGAUUGUAGGACCAAAGAUUUACUUCCUAGUCUUCGUUUGAGAGUAGAAUUGCUGGAAGAAAUAACAACUGAAUGGAGUGACGCCAUUGAUAUCAACAGUCAGGGAACACAGGUUGUGUUCCUCACUGGUUUUGGCUAUGUGUACGUGGACAUUGUGCAUCAGUGUGGCACAAUCUUCAUCACUAUGGUCCCUGAAGGAAAAGCAGGAUUUAUUUUAACCAAUAGCAACAGAACUCUGGAAAAGAUGAUUACCUUUAAAAUGUUUGUCACUCAGUUGAGCCUGGCAAUAUCUGAUGACCUCACUCACCCCAGAGCAUCGUCUGAACUUCUGAGGCUCACACUAGACAAUGUUUUUCUCCACGUGGCCCCUAUAGCCAGUGCCCUCUCUGGGGAAGAGCCUGCGGCCACUCUCUUCCAGCUUUACUCUGUGGAAGUCUUCUGUGGGGACCUGCAGCUGGACAACCAGCUUUACAACAAGUCCAAUUUCCACUUCGCUGUUUUGGUCUGCCAAGGAGAGAAAACAGAACCUAUUCAGUGUUCCAAAAUGCAGAGUCUCCUUGUCUCCAGCAGGGAUUUGGAAGAAUACAAGGAGAAUUGCUUCAUCAAACUUCACAUCACAGUAACUGAUGGCAGUAGCUUCCUGCUUGAUGUCCAUGAGUUCAGUUUCGAACUGAAGCCUGCCCGGUUAUAUGUGGAGGACACUUUUGUGUACUACAUUAAAACUUUGUUUGAGACUUACCUUCCUCACAGCAGACUGGCUAGCCGUGCCACACAGCUCUCUGGGGAUAGACAAGUGCUGCCUCUACAGGUGAGACAGCAUGCCAGGGCCUUAGUGAACCCGGUGAGGCUACGGAAGCUGGUCAUCCAGCCAGUGAACCUGCUUGUCAGCAUCCACGCUUCCCUCAAGCUGUACAUAGCCUCCGACCACACUCCUCUCUCCUUCUCAGUGUUUGAAAGAGGACCCAUCUUCACCACCGCAAGGCAGCUGGUCCACGCCCUGGCCAUGCACUACGCUGCUGGGGCUCUGUUCAGAGCAGGCUGGGUGGUGGGGUCUCUGGAAAUCCUCGGCAGCCCAGCAAGCUUGGUGAGAAGCAUAGGAAAUGGGAUCUCGGACUUCUUCAGGCUUCCCUAUGAGGGGCUGACUCGAGGCCCAGGAGCCUUUGUGAGCGGAGUUUCCAGAGGGACAACAUCAUUUGUGAAGCACAUUUCUAAAGGUACCCUGACCUCCAUCACCAACCUGGCCACCAGCCUGGCCCGAAACAUGGACCGACUCUCACUGGAUGAGGAGCACUUCCACCGGCAGGAAGAGUGGCGGCGACAGCUCCCAGAAAGUCUGGGCGAGGGGUUGCGACAGGGCCUAUCCCGGCUGGGAAUCAGCCUACUUGGUGCAAUUGCUGGUAUAGUUGAUCAGCCAAUGCAGAACUUCCAGAAAACAUCAGAGGCCCAGGCUUCAGCAGGACACAAGGCCAAGGGUGUCAUCUCAGGUGUGGGGAAAGGAAUAAUGGGAGUGUUCACAAAACCCAUCGGGGGAGCUGCCGAGCUUGUUUCACAGACUGGCUAUGGUAUUUUACAUGGAGCUGGACUUUCUCAACUUCCCAAACAGCGCUAUCAGCCAAGUGACCUGCAUGCUGACAAAGCUCCAAACAGCCACGUCAAAUACGUCUGGAAAAUGCUUCAGUCUCUGGGCAGACCAGAACUCCACAUGGCCCUGGAUGUUGUUCUGGUGAGGGGCUCCGGCCAGGAGCAUGAAGGGUGCUUGCUGCUGACAACAGAAGUGCUCUUUGUGGUGAGCAUCAGCGAGGACACACAGCAGCAGGCCUUUCCCGUCACCGAGAUAGACUGUGCACAGGACAGCAAGCAAAGCAACAUCCUCACCGUGCAACUCAAGCAAACAAGAGUGGCCUGUGAUAUGGAGGUGGAUGGAGUUCGAGAGAGACUGUCAGAACAACAGUACAACAGACUUGUGGACUACAUUGCAAAGACAUCUUGUCACAUGGCCCCCAGCUGCUCUUCCAUUCAAGUACCAUGCCCUGUAACCGCUGUGGAACCACCCCCAUCCACUGUUAAAACAUACAACUAUCUGGCUGACCCACAUUUUGCUCAGGUCUUUAUUAGUAAAUUUACCAUGGUGAAAAAUAAAGCCCUGAGGAAAGGAUUCCCCUAAAUCUGGUAUAAGGAGUUACUUACUGCUUUUUUAGACAAGAACCCCAGAGCUAGUUGCAAUUCAACAUGGACAUGGGGCCAACAUUUUUCUAGUUACAAGUAUACCAAUUUUCUAGACAUUUCUGAAAUUUUCUCCCUAAAACAAGAUGGAUUUUUAAAAAUCCAUUUUUCAACAAAAUCCUAAACAUGUUCUAUUUCUACUGCACAUAGAAAACAUUCCUUUUUUUUGCUCCAGAGUGCCACUUGCAAACUUCCAAUAUGUGGAUCUAUUAUUGUUCAGCUCUACAGCAAAAUGUGAUUCAGAUUUAGAAUGCAUCUGUUCUGGAACAGGGAUGAUAUCACUACUUAUCCUGCAUCUGCCAAGGUUCAGAUUCUGGAAAUGAAAUGCUUAGGACUUAGUUCAACUUCUUGGAUUUGUCGAAAUUUGCAAUGCAGUUCUUUGAGUGAUAGCUGCCUUGUAUAUUGCCUUCAAUGUCUGCAUUUUACUGAACUUAACUCUUAACUGUCCAGGUAAUUUUAUAAAGUCUUAGUAGACAAGCUAAAUAGUACAUUUUUUUUCUAUGAAAAGACAUGAAGUGCUCAGGUAAUCUCAGGAAUUAAAAACCCCAAUGAUAAUAUCAGUUCAGAUAGUUUUCUUGGACAAACUGACUUGACAAAGCAAUGAACAUGUCUGGCAAAUAUUAUUUGGCAUCUACAAAUGGGUUUAACUCAAAAAUCUGAGGUCAAUGGAUCUUAAAAUGCUUGGUAAAUAUCUCAUGGUCCAAUUAAUUUAAACAUGCCCACUGACUGCAUUCAUAUUUGGCCCUACAACUUUUUGCUAUCAAUUGUCAG